AACAGGCUGAGCAGAGAAUGCUGUCUAUUUACACUUACUCCGUACUUGAUAGAUUUUCAUUGUCCUUGGACUAGACUGGAUUGUGCUGGGAUUUUACAUAUAGUAAAGUGUUCUGCCAACAGCCCUAACCUGAAAACCAGAUAAUUGAUGAACUAUAGGGAGAUUUCUCUCAGUUGGUUGGUCACUUAACUUGCCCUCUUAGUCUACUGUCCCUGAAAAGCCUUCUUGUUUUCCUGUCUACUAACCCAAUUUUGCAUUUUGAAAAUCAUGAAGACGUCUGGGUUCUCAUACUUGGAAGACUGUAGCCACGUGACCCUCCCUGCGGUUGCACUUUUUUCUUCACUUGGCAAAAAGUGGACAAGCGCUCAGCUCUGACCUCAUCAGCCAUCCUGGGCGCAUUGUGUUUCUUCCUUCUAUCAUUAUCGCCCUAAUUGCUCCUCAAGUGUUAAUGGGUCCCACUUGAACCUUCCAUCUCUCUUUUCCGUUGCGAUAAAUCUGUUCUUCGAUCCACACGCCCUUCUUUCUCCUCAUUCUAACUGUCGCUCAUACUACCUAAGAUGGCUUCCGACGACGAGGACUUUUUCGAGGAGUUCGACGACGAUGACAUCUUCUGGGUCGAAGAGUCGGACCCAACUGCCGCGGACGACCUCGCCGCAGCCGCGACUCACGACCCCAUCCUCCCCGAAGACCCCUCCCUAGAAACCGCCGACUAUUUCAGCGACUGGGAUGACCUAUCCGACGACUACUAUGACGAAGACCCUACGGCAGUCCGCCGACUACGCGCCAUGGGUCUCCUACCGCUUAAGGACACAGCACCCUUCGACUCCUUGCCCUCGAAACGAAGAAAAGUAGCGAACAACCUCAUAACAGAUACGGCUUCCUUCCAGGGCGUCGCCUGGAAACACCCCGCAGACGAGACAGAUAUCGUGGAAAUCUAUGCCCCGGGCGAAGGCGAGAAGGUCUCCCUGCUCAAGAACUGGAGGGAGAUUUUCCGGAACGCGAAACCCGCGAUUGGCCGCUUGCGCGGCCGGAAGCCGAUUCCCAUGAUGGUGGAUGUCAAUCCGGCCGAAGAGAGCGAGCCUGGACUCGAAGUGCCGCCGUUGGUUGAGGAUAUAUCUGAUGCCGAGGUGACCGAUGCAGACGCGAAGUCUGCGAAACCGCUAUACUCGACGCCGUUCCAUGCACAGGUGGUUUUGAACUCGCCACCUGAUUUACCUGUCCAUUCGAAGAAACUUGGUUUUGCGAAAUCUCCUGGAGAUGAGUUAAAGCACCCAUUACAACCGAUCACAGAGGAGGAUCAAGGGCCUACCACCAAUGGAGUUUCCAGUGAGACUCCUGCUGAAGAUGGAACGAAAGAGCCUGCCCCCGCUCCUGCUCGCAGGGGUCGAAAACGCAAGGCCUCGGUUUCUGUGAGCGACCCGCCAGACGACUCCCAGAAUACCGCGACCACUGAAGCGCAGCCGAAAAAGUCGAAACGGUCGUUGUCCAAGUCGUCCCAGACAUCAAAACCCCCUCCAGCGUCGUCAGCGCCGGUCCGCAGGUCAGCACGAAACAAGAAAUAGCUCAAGUCUCAUGAAUUAUGCUCUCUAACUCCCUGUAUGAAAAUACAUUAUCCUUAUGUAUUCCUAGACACCUAAAUCAAAACCAAUUCUAGCUACAAUACAGCUCACAGCUCUCCCUCAUCAUUGAGCGUACUCUUUAUUAAAGGCACGCCCAAUAACCAUACGUCGAAUCUCGCUCGUCCCGGCACCGAUCUCAUAUAGCUUCGCGUCCCUAAGUAAUCGUCCAGCCGGGAUCUCAUUGAUGUACCCAUUUCCGCCCAUAAGUUGGAUCGCAUCGAGAGAGCACUCGGUAGCCCUCUCAGCCGCGUAUAGGAUGGCACCCGCGCAAUCUUGGGUCCGGAUUGCCGCAGCUCCGAGGGAGGCGAAGCUGUCGAUGUGGCGGGCAGUGGCAUAUGUAUAGGCGCGUGAAGCGGCGAGUUUUGUAUGCAUAUCUGCGAGCUUGCCCUGGAUCAACUGGUUAUGGGCGAUGGGGGUACCGAAUUGCUUGCGGACGUGGGUGUAUGGGAGGACUAGGUCGAGGGCGGCUUGCAUGAUUCUGUAGAGCACCAUAUAAGUUAGUAAUCACUUUAGGAGAAGGAAGGCGCGGUAUAUAUUACCCUAGUGGACCAGCACUGAGAACAAGGCGUUCCAAAUCAAGGCCCUCCAUCAGGACCUUGACGCCGCGAUUUACUUCGCCUAGAAGAUUCUCCUUGGGGACAAAGACGUCUUCGAAUACGAGCUCUCCGGUGUUUGACCCGCGCAUUCCGAGCUUAUCAAGCUUACGAGCGCAAGAGAAGCCCUUGAAUGUCUUUUCCACGACAAAGGCGGUGAUGCCUUUGGAGCCCUUCUCGGGCUCUGUUUUGGCGUAGACGACGAUGUAAUCGGCAUCGGGGCCCUAGACCUCUAUUAGCUAUAUUCUGC